UAAUUUUUAAGGAAAGUGUUUUAAAAGUAAACAGAUUACAAUGCGUGAAUGAGCCACCUCUUAGAAAGACAUACUUUUCUGUUUUUGAUUUCUAUCGUUUCGAUCCUAAAACUGCAGGAGAGCGUUCAAAUGUGACAUUUUUUAAUACAGCAGUAGUAUUACUUUAGAGAAGGCUGUAAAAUUCGAUCCUAUUGCUAUUAGUUAGAAUGGUUUCUUGUUCUAUAAAUAAAAUGGUAAUUUAAUAUUCUAUUUCUAUCAUAAAAUAUAAAAGUGGACAGAAUUGUAAUACCUAUAUUAUACAUUGAGUAAUACAUAAUAACCAUAAAUAAAAACAUCUUCAAAGAUUUCUAAACCGAAUGCCAGGACCACAGAUAAUUGUCUAUGAACUAAAAGUUGCGAUCUGUAUCGGUUUCUACAUCUUUAAGCUGCUUUGCUUUCAAUAAAAAAUAAAAAAUACAAAGGAGUUUUGAGCAAAACCAGCUGUUCAGUUUUCUUAAAAGUGCUUGAAAAUCAGUGAAAUCCAGUAUGGGUCAAAAUUGAAUAGUGUCAUUAUCAUCUUGAAACAGUGACAUUUAGUGAACUGGAAGUGAUUUCCUUGAAAUUCAAGCCGUGUGAAUAAAUAAUCGAUUUGAAAUUCUGUGAAACGUCACCCACGAUAAAUGGACUGCGUUUUUAGCCAUUUAUUACGUCUUAUUUGAGGCACAGGCAAUGUAUGUAAAUUAGGCCAUCAGGCGAAGCGCAACACAUCCUUUCUUCUACGGAGCAUUUCAUGCGUUAAAGUAAGUUUUUGCAGUGAGUGUGCAGUACAUUCGGACUCUGACAUUGGUCGCAAACGGUAGUGGUGGUUAUUGGUGACGAGUGAUGUGUUAGUGUGUUAGUGCAGUGCUGUGGAUGCUGAGGCGACAGUGUAGCGCGAGCCCUGGCAUGGUGCCGGGCAGGUAGCGCGCGCGGGCGGCCUGCGCAGGCCCCACACAAGCAGCUGCGUGUGUACCCCAGCGUCGUCUAUGGCCGAGCAACACAUCACACCGUCGUCGCACUCUGCACUCACGAGAGAGUCCAGCGGGUCUUCUCCUAGCAGGGUGGUGGGCGGUCGGUGGUUGCGUCAGGUGCGUCAAGUGAGUCACAGCCGUCGGAACCGACGUAACGUGACGUCGCCCCUGCCGCGCUCCACCAUCCGGUACUCGUCCGGACACGCGGACAACGAACCACACCCUCACACCGAACUGCGGAGGAGCUCCAGGCUCGUCAACUCAUUGCCCCGAUCCGAUUACUCCAUCACUGAACGCUGGUCCUACGGCGCUGACGUAUACGAGACGCGCUGCGACACCGUCGACUUUAAAAGUGGAGACACAGAAAAAUCUAACCUCAGCUCAUACACGAAACGUGGACGAACUUCCUUGCAUGACAGGAAGAAACGCAAAUCCCAUUCCAUAUCAAACGGCACUGAAGAGUGCAUCGCAUAUUGCACACGCUCACGGACUGCUCUUAAAUCUACUGAGAGUGCUUGUGAGCUUUUACCCGACAGUUUAAAGGAACAGACAUUAUCACAGACUUUAGUUAACCAAGAGGCUAUUGAUACCUCUGCACAACAGUUACCGCUUAAUCAUUCUGAAGGUGGUUUACUUCCACUUGAAGAUAGAGAUUUUGCAUAUUCACCGUUUAGCUCUUCGACAGUAACAGAGUUAUUAGAUUCUGAUUAUUCUGUAUAUAGUCCGACUGCGACCAGGAGGAAAGGUAAAAAGAGGAAGAGGUCGUCACAUCGUUCCUUAUCGAGUAGAAAGAAUAGCAGCUGUUUGCUUAAUUUAGAAGAGUGUAAAAAGAAAUUUAAAAUAGAUCCUUAUAGUAAAGAUUUGUCAGAUAAUAGCAAAGAAGCACUUGGGGACACUAGGAUUCCUAAACAAGAGACUGAAAAAGUAGAUCAGGCAACUGCUUCGCAGGGUGCGUGCGCAUAUUCGUUGCGAAAUAGAAAUCUACGUGACCUUGGAUCAUCUACCUCAACUGUUAUUUGUGAUAGUUCAGCGAGUCCGUCAACAAGCGACGUGGUAUAUAGUCAAGUUAUAACAGAACGCAAAAGCACUACAGACGCUUACGGAAGGACAGUUACCCCUCCACCUUUUAAAGAUAUACAAGAAGCGAGUUCUUCUAAAGCGCAUAGUUCAACAAGCAAGCUUCUCAUUGUCCCAAGAGACCUUCCCUACUUACGACAGACUAACGCACGGAGGAGUAUUGCUGCUGCGACGGGGGCUACCCUGGGUGCUUGCUUGACGAGGGGAGCCAGUACAUCGCAACGCCAGAGGCAGGAUUCUGCAACAAAAAGACAAGUGUCUGGCAGCGAGGGCGCGGGCAGCAGCUCGGCGGGCGGGCGGCGGGCGCGUGCUCGCGACAUGCCGCAGCCGCAGCCGGCGUCCACGAGACGGGAUAAGCGAGGCAAAACCAGUCUGGGUUCGUGUGCUAGUACUGGUGGUGCGUCCAGCAGGUCUCACCCCCAGCCAUUAACCACGGGUGCUGUGGCGUCUACGUCUUCCACACCGCCGGCAUCAGCUUCAGCCGCCACAAUGCCUGACAACGCGUCUACCGACAAAGUUAAAAGCAAGUCGGCAUCGUCAGCGGAAGAAUGCGCCGGCGGCGGGGGCGUGAGUGGUCUAGGCGGGGGCGGGGGUGGCGUGGGCAGCGUGGGUGGGGCGAUUGGGGGCGCGGGCCUGGGGGGCGUGGGUCUGGGGGCGGGCGUGGUGCUGGGUGCGGGGGCGGAGGAGUCCUCCUCGGAGGAGGGCGAGGUGGGCCGGCUCCAGGCACUGUUGGAGGCGCGCGGUUUGCCUCCACAUUUGCUCGGUGCUCUCGGUCCGCGAAUGCAGCACCUGUUGCACAGAACUGUCACUGCCAAUUCAGCCGCAUCGAAAGCUGCCCAACUACUAGCUGGACUGCAAGCGACCGGAGACGAGGGUCAACAAUUACAGGCCGUCAUAGAGAUGUGUCAGCUACUAGUGAUGGGCAACGAGGACACAUUGGCCGGUUUUCCUGUACGGCAGGUGGUGCCUGCCUUGGUUAACCUCCUCGCUGCAGAACAUAACUUCGACAUGAUGAACCAUGCGUGCCGCGCACUAACGUAUAUGCUGGAAGCUCUGCCCCGCAGCAGUGGAGCAGUAGCUCUAGCAGUGCCCGCGUUCUUGGACAAAUUACAAGCCAUAACAUGUAUGGACGUGGCCGAACAGAGUCUCACUGCCCUAGAUAUGCUGUCACGGAGACACUCCAAAGCUAUAUUACAAGCGCGUGGAGUGUCCGCGUGCCUGACAUAUUUGGACUUCUUUUCUAUCAGCGCGCAGCGUGCAGCUCUCUCAAUUACAGCCAAUUGCUGCCAAAACCUAACACCUGAUGAGUUUCACCUCGUCAGGGAUUCAUUGCAGCUGCUAGCUAAUAGGCUGACUCAACAGGACAAAAAAUCAGUAGAAUGCGUAUGUCUCGCGUUCUCACGCCUCGUAGACAGCUUCCAACACGACCCUGCACGUUUGCAGGAAAUAGCCACACCUGAACUGCUCACAAAUCUUCAACAACUGCUGGUGGUUCAGCCGCCGUUGAUAUCAGGCGCUACUUUCAUCACUGUGCUCCGUUUGCUGUGGGUGAUGUGUUGCGCCUGCCCCCAGCUAGCGCUAGCUCUCCACCAGCGAUCCAUUGCCGACACGUUACUGUGUCUACUCACCGGAUCCGGGUCCACUAUGCAUCAGGAGCAAGUGGAGUUGCUGCCACGCCUUCCGCAAGAGUUAUACGAGAUCACGUGUCUUAUCGGCGAGCUGAUGCCUCGUUUGCCUACUGACGGUAUCUUCGCUGUGGACGCGUAUUUGGAUAGACCUUGGUCCGCGCCCACAGACAGGACCGCACACUGGCAGUGGAGAGAUGAUAGAGGCGUAUGGCGUUCAUACUCAUGGGCAGAAAGUCGCGCUCUCGAAGCAGGUGUGGCCGCGGGCGAGGAAGAAGUAUGCCUGACCACAUUAGGCCGCUCGUACACGGUCGAUCUGGCAGCGAUGCAGCAACUCAACGACCACACUGGUACCGCGAGACCAGUCCAACGUGUGCCACCGCCCAGUCGCUCCGAUGCGCCCCCGGCACCUUCCGCACCCGCCCCAGAUCCUCGAAUCGCAAUGAUGCGCAGUAACCCGUCAUUGGCGCGUGCGCUACUUGCAGUUUUACACGAAGUAUACUGGAGCUCUGCAGGUCCAGCUGUUCGCUCACAAGCCCUGAAAGCUAUAUUGCGUUGCGUAUAUUAUGCCGACGCACCUAUGCUGAGACAAGUGCUCAAGAUGCAGGUGAUAUCGUCCCAUAUCGCGGGUAUGAUGGCCUCCAGCGAUCUCCGUAUCGUAGUGGGUUCGCUGCAAUUAGCCGAGAUCCUAAUGCAGCAGUUGCCUGAAGAGAUGGCUGUUCAGUUUAGACGUGAAGGUGUAUUGCAUCAGGUCGCUCAGUUAGCGGAACGCGCUCCUGUCCACACGCCAAGACAGGCGAAAAUCAAGUCCCCGAGCAAUACAAGCGUCCGUUCGAGCGGUGGUUCUUCCCCGCCCGCUUCAACCUCAGCCACGUCCCUGGACCACAACCUCUCUCUUGCGUUCUCAGCUUCCAGCUCUUUCGUCGCCACUAGUCUGCCAACUGCGAGCAGUGAAGGCAGUGGCUCCGAACCGGGCCCCGCAUCAGGUUCCACCCAUCAACAAGCUUCCACUACAGUUCAUAGGUCCGGCAGCCCCCUCCAGUUAGCGGAGAUGUUGAAGCGUAAACGCGCGGUGAAGCGUUCAGGAGGAACGGGCGGUAGGCACGGGCGCCGCCGCGACGAGGCCGCGACGCACGCUACUCACGCGUCGCACGCGACCCACUCGCCGCACGCGCACCAACCGCCCACACACGCUUCCGGUGUACCGUCAGCGGCACGUUCAGCGAGUCGCGUGGGCGGCGGUUCCAAGACCUCAUCGUUCUUGUCUUCUUUGAAUCCGUCUCGUUGGGGGCGAGCGCCGCACGCUCACAAAGAUUCAGCUCUACUCGCCUCCCCACACCAACCCGCCAAUCUCACCGUCCAAAACAAAGAGAAAGUCCGCGAAUGGAUCCAAUGGACCGCGGCCCGUCUGCAGCGCGAAUGGGGCGCUCUGGGCGGAGGCGCCGGUCCGUUGGAACAGUUGGCAGCUCUAGCGGCCGCUCUACCUCAUCCGCCUCACCAGAGAACAGCGUUAGAACAGCUCCGAGAUACGCUUCUGCAACACGACGUGUCACCAUUCGAGGUUAAUCACUCGGGUGUUCUCGGCGCCCUACUUCAGUUUCUGACUAGCAACGAGGGUGAUGAAGCUGAGGAGACGAUGAGUGAAAUACGUGCUGAGGAGCACGUAGCCGAAUGUGAAGGCCGUCUCCGUCUUUUCCUACACGUGUUUGCAGACAUGCCUCUUACCGCUGAAACCGAGUGGGAGGAGUCAGAGACCGCUUUAAGCACGGCAGGCAGUAACGCUGCAGCGCUGUCCGCGCUAGUUGCCAAAGUGAACGCGUGCGUGUCACACCUGGAACAGUUCCCGGUGCGAGUGCACGACUUACCCGCACGUCCUGCCACCUCCGCUCUCAAGUUCUUCAACACCCAUCAGCUUAUGUGUGAUCUCAAACGUCAUCCGACAUGCACCAACCUGAAGCAAUGGAAGGGUGGUGUCGUCCGUAUUGACCCCUUAGCUUUAGUUCAAGCCAUUGAAAGGUAUCUAGCGCAACGCGGAUACGCGAGUCCCCGACAACGCGACGGUUCAGCGUCGGGAGUGCACUCUGACGACGACGCCGCAUCUGACGACGAUGUUGACGACGCUCUCACCACGCCACCACAUCACCACACCGCCGAUACCGAACACAAACUAGAGUUCCUGAUCGGCGACACGGUGUUGCCAUACAAUAUGACUGUAUACCAAGCCGUACGACAGUUUGGCGAACAGACUGAUGCUGAUACAGAUACGGAAACUCCACUCGCAAACGCUGGUAUAUGGAUACACACUCAUACUAUAUAUUACCGAGCAGUAGAAGCCGGCGAACAACCGCGCUCUGAUACUACCGCUUCCCGUAAAGGAAAGGGUCAACCCACUAAAUUGUCAUCAAGAAGAAAACCUGAUAUACUGUGGAAUGAGGGUAUAGUGCCGUCCCGCGAGUCACCACUGGUGGUGAUACUAAAGUCGCCGUUACUGAGCGGCGGCGGCGUGGAGGUGAAGGACGCGUCACUGCCCGCUCUCGGCGUGCUGCGAGCGUUGCACGCGCUCGCGAGACACUGGCACACGUUAUAUAGAGCCGUGUGCUUACCCGACCAGAGGCCACUGGUGCCUCACGCUGACUUUAUCAACGCCAAGAGCAGUGAUUCCCUAAGUGGUCCAGGUGGACCCCCAGGGGUCCACGUGGGAUUCAACGGGGGUCUACGUUGGCGUGAAAUAAAAGCAAUGUCUAUCGUUAGAUCUUCGAAUUUUGGGAAUAUGUUGGCUGCCAAAGCAAAUCGACAGUUACAAGACCCACUUGUUAUAAUGACUGGCAAUCUGCCUCCAUGGCUAAAGAAAAUAGCUUAUGCCUGUCCCUUCGUGUUACCGUUCGAGUGUCGCCAUUUAUUAUUCUACGUGGUAUCGUUCGAUCGCGACCGCGCCCUGCAACGUUUAUUGGAAGCGGGCGGGGAACGCGGCGCCGCCGGCGCCGGUGCCGGGCCUGACAGUGAACGGGUGGCGCCGCGUCUCGACCGUCGCAAGCGCACCGUGCAACGUCACAACGUGCUCAGACAAGCGGAGCACGUCAUGCACGAGUUCGCACACUCCAAGGCACUGUUGGAGAUACAGUACGAGAACGAAGUGGGCACCGGUCUUGGGCCAACGCUUGAAUUCUAUGCGUUGGUGUCGCAGGAGUUGCAACGCGCCGACCUAGACGUAUGGCACGGUAGUGAAAACUUCAAGCAAAAACCUUCUUUCGGCGGAGAAAUAGUGAAGAGUCAACCGCCGGUAGUGACGGAUCGGUCAUCGGACGCUGCCGCGAGGCUAGCUUCGUCCGUCCGCGACGCUCUCAGUCUAGACGAGGACCGAGCUCCUGAGCCGUCGGAUCUCGAGAAAGAGACGUCUAUACCGUCGCCGGCGCCGGACGCGACGUACGUCUCGUGGCCGUGCGGUUUGUUCCCGCAGGCUAUUGGUAGAAAUGCUCGCGCCUCGCAUCUGUCACGGGUCAAGGCGAAGUUCCGUUUCCUCGGCAAGUUUAUGGCGAAGGCUGUUAUGGAUUCGAGAAUGGUGGACAUUCCGUUAUCGGUGUCGAUGUACCGCUGGGUGGUGUGCGAGCAGCGUUGGCUGACAUUGAGCGACGUGCGACAUGUCGCGCCCGAGCUGUGGCGGUCGCUGUGUCGGCUGCGACGUGUCGCUGAACGUGCGAGACGCAUCGCCAUCGAUCCGAGGCACACGCCGGAACAACGCAAUCAAAUGAUAAGUGCACUGGAAUUGGACGGAUGCCCUAUAGAGGAGUUGGGUUUGGACUUCAUACUGCCGGGUGAUGGAUGCACAGAGUUACGGCGAGGUGGCCGCGACGUGCCCGUCACGGCACAUAAUCUACACAACUAUAUAGAUCUCGUAUCUCACUGGCUACUAUAUGAAGGUGUGAGUAAACAAAUGGAGGCAUUCAAAGAAGGAUUUGAAUCUGUCUUCCCACUGACCAAUCUCAAAAUAUUCUACCCUGAGGAACUAGAACAAGUAUUUUGUGGAAGCCCAUCAGGUGGUCGUGAGCAACGCUGGGAACCGCGUAUGUUGGCCGAGUGCAUCAGACCCGACCACGGUUACACGGCGGAGUCUCGCGCCAUACGUAUGCUCAUCGACAUACUGGCCUCAUACAAUCGCGACGAGCAACGGCUCUUCCUGCAGUUUGUCACUGGCAGCCCACGCUUGCCCACUGGAGGUUUCAAGGCGCUAAAUCCACCGCUGACGGUGGUCCGCAAGUCGCUGGAGUCCUCACUAGAUCCGGACGAGUAUCUGCCGUCUGUUAUGACGUGUGUAAACUACCUGAAACUACCGGACUACAGCAGCGCGGAGGUGAUGCGAGCUAAACUACGGCUCGCCGCCUCAGAGGGGCAACACUCGUUCCAUUUGUCGUGAAUAUUCCGCCUUGCCCACCCCCACCCCAUCACUCGGCCCCACUUACCUCACGUGUGAAUGCGGUUAGUGAUAUCAAUAGUUAUCGUGCCCUCUAGCGUGCGCGUACGCCGUAUUUGUGCAAUCGGAGCGAUCACCCGCUGACGUGAUGGACGCUCGAAGUGCUGUGCGUUCUAUGAUUUCGUUUCUCAUUUUGGAUUAUUUUUAGAUUACAUAGAUAUAUGUUGAUAAUUCUAUUUUGUGUUAAUUUAAUGUGAUAGCUUUGUAUAUUACUUUAUCGAUGUAGAGAGAACGUCCGCUCUCCACGGUUUAUUAGAGUUUAAUGUCAUUAGUGCGAAAAGCACCGGCCAUGACGGCCGUUCGCCUACCUACCGCCACUUUUGUUAUCAUAUAGGUACAUAAUAUACAUAAAUAUAAUAUUAUUAUGCGAGCUGUUUGAUGGACCACUGAAAAUGUAGUGUCCUACUUCAAUAGCAUUUAUUACCAAACGGUGUAUGUUUUGAGUAACUUUAAGUAUGAUUAAUGAAUAAAGAAAAAGUGCAAAAUUUAAUAUGUAACAAUUUCAAUAAAACCAUGUAAACAAUAUUGAUCAAUC